AUGUUGAACGCUAGUUCUGCCGUGCCUCCUCAAGAAGUAAAUACAGCUCAAACAUCUCUAUCAGAGGAAGAAAAAGCAAGACUACAAGUUGAAUUAUCUCAGGUUGAAGAAGAAAUCCGUCUCCUUCAAGAAACUCUUGUUGUUAAGCAGCGUCGAUCUAAUGAGAUUAAAAAAUCUCUCGGUUUUGUUACACUUUCCACAUUGCAGUAUGACGUUAUGGAAGGUAUUCAUAAAUUAGAAGACACAGAUGCAUAUAUCAAAACAAGUGAACUUUUAAGUAAAGCCAAAGAUAAAACUGUCAAUGUAGCACAAGAUGCAAAAGAAAAAGUUGAAUCAACAAUUUCUGCUAUUCGGAAUUCAGAAGUUGUGAAAUCAUUGAAUGAUAAAGUUGGUUCUGCUUAUUCAACAGUUAAAAUACUCAUCAAAAAUGGCUAUCCACUCAGUUUCUUCGAAAGGAAUUUAACACCAAGACUUUGACAAUAGGAACUCACGGUUAGAGACUUUGAAUGACAUGGCUCAACAUUGUUUGCAAUGGUGCUGGUGCAUGCAUUGUUUGUAUUCUCGCAAAUCACUUCCUAAGUACAUCUCAGAACACUACUUGGCUUAGUUUUUAUUCUGAUCAACUCUGUGUGUUUAUUUUUUAUCAGUAUUAUCAGUGUAUCUUUGGUGACAAUUCUUGUGAUCGUAAUGUUUUAUUUGAUCUACCUAACUUGUUUACUGGUAGGGGUGUUGACCG